AUGUACUCUUCAAAUGUUCUAUGCCCAUUAGCCUUCUAUUUAUCAGAACUACCAUUCGAAAUUCUUACACAAAUUGCUGAUAAACUAUCGACAACCGACAGGCUGACCUGUGCUCUUACAUGCAAGGGAUGGAGAUAUCCAUUUCAAAAGGCUCUGUGGAGAGACGUGCUAAUUAAUUCCUAUUACGGCAUGAGACCGUUUAUAAGAAGUAUUAAAGCCUAUCAAAAUUCAUCUAUAUCAUACCCCCUCUUAGUUCGCAGUCUACGCAUACACCUCUAUUGCCAUAUACCAGAAAUACCAGAUAUAAAUUGUUCUGACCUAUACCGAUAUCUUCCAAACUUGAAGCACCUAGACCUGGGGACUAUAAGCUAUAAAUGGCUUUAUACCGAUAUAACAGAAGCAGACAAAAUAUGGAAGUCUCUGGAAAGCUUGAAAAUACAAUACCAAGGAACUAGUGAAGAACAGCCAGAAAAAAGAUUCCUGAGACUUAUAAAUGCGUGUAGUAUGCUCCAAGAAUUAAGAAUAUACGAGCAUGGAUGGGGUUAUCGUAUAGAGCUUGGCGUGGAGGACUUUGAUAACUUGCACCAAAACUUGCGACACUUAUCGGCUAUCAAGGCUGGAAUAUGUCUUGAGAUUAACUUUUCGGUUCCAUUGGACAGAAUCCCAAACACAAUACCGGCUUUUACAGUGACAUCCAUAGAUAUAAAUUCAAAGCAAUACGAAAACAAGACCCAAACUGGCAAUAGAAAUUGGAAUGAAUGGAAUCCUUUGUGGCUGUACUAUUUUGGAUACAAGUAUCCGAAUUUGCGUUCUCUGAAGCUAGAAGUCACCGACAUUAGUGGUGAUCCUAUGACUUCAGACCAGCGGCAAACAAUCAUAUCUCGUCUUCAAUCCAAUCCAAACGCAUUCCAACACCUGGAAACAUUUGAUCUCACGACGAACAGAUUUUUCGAGUCUUCUGAUUUUGUUUUAUGGGAAUUUCUUUGUCCAUUAAGAGCUCCUCUUAAGCAUCUAGCGUUAAAUGCAACACAAAAUGAUGGAGUAGACUAUUCACACCCGAUUGAUGUUAACAGAAUUUUUCAAUCGUUUUCUCAAACACUCGAGAGUCUUUCGCUUACAGGGUUUACAUAUAGCUAUAGUGCCCAAAUUACAACACUAGAACUAUCCGAUGACUACCCACUUUUAACAAAUCUCUGCAUCAGUGGUAGCAAUGUGUCUCUUAAUCUUGAUGAUCUUUUGGACAAAUAUGUGGCCCUGGAACAACUGAAAUUUUGUGGUGGAAAAUUGUUCAUUAAUCCAAACACCAUAACGGAGGAGUUAAAGCACCAACAUCAGCAACACCAUGGACUACAGACUUUGACAUUAGAGAAAUCCUCUGCAGCCGCUGAAUUGUUUGAUCACAUCUCUUUCAGGUGUAAAAGUUUGAAGCAUAUGACUUUGGACAAUUUUUGCGUUACGGGAUUUAUUUCUGAAAAGACCGGAUGCUUGCUACUCGACAUGAAACAUACUUUCUUAAAGACUUUGCAUAUCGGCCAGGUUAAAUAUGGAACAUCAUACGAAGAAAUAAAUGAAGAUGAUAUCAGCCUGACACUCCUCUCUCAAUUAAACGAUGCCUCAUCGUCAGAAGAAAGAAUCGAAAAAGAAAAAAAUGAGAUGGAUGCAAAGUACUCUAUUGUAGAAUUUCACCAUAUCGAUUGGCUGUACAGCUAUGAGUACUAUACGUAUCCUGGGAUAUACGGCCAAGAAACUAAAAAACUCUCAAAGGAAGAAACCAAUAUCGCACUUGAAUACUAUAAAAACUUUCAGUCCAACAAGAUUGGCCAAAAUCCAAAAGAUGGCAGCUCGUGUGGCAGAGAGAACCCAGAGGUCGGUUGGAAAUACGAACUUUACAAAGGAUACGGCGAAUUGAGAUUUGGCAGGAUUGAAACUGCUCCUGUUUUAUGUACAUCAAACGAUUAA